AUGAAUAGAGUUGCGCCUCGCCUGCUUAGUCGACAGGCAUUUGUAUUAAAUCGAUGCCUCUGGAAACGUUCCAAUCCUUCACCAGGUUCAACACGUUUCACAUCUGUUCCCUUUGACCACCACCUAUCUGCAUGCACAACACCAAUUAACACAAUUAAUGCAGGCUUUCGACCACUUAUCAAACAACUUGCGACCAAGAACUCUGGGAUAACACAAAAACCUAGGGAUCAUGAAGAGCGCGAGAUGCUGAAGGAGAAAGUCCGAAAUUUGCUCAAGAACAAAGAAUUUGAGAUGUAUAAAGCACCGGAAAUCUACGGGAGAGCCAGUUGGCUUUUUCAUUUCACGGCACUCGCGCAAUUCAUAUUUUGGGGUUUUGCUUUGGACACGAUCUCACGUAUAUACGCCGAUAAAGGGAAAAAACCUGAUACCGCUGUUAAAAUCAGGUACAUAACAUUCGUAGUCUCACUCAGCAUCGGAUUUGUCUUCAUGAUAUUAUUCUUUCCAUAUAAGAUGGUCUCCAAGCUUACCAUCAUUCAAAAAAACAAAGAUAUCAUGGCCAAAAUCGAAAAUGACAUGAAACUCCCUUUCUUACGCACAAAAACAAUCCCCAUCAAAGACUUGCACUGCAAUACGAAGUUAUUUAGCGGAAUAGGGGAAUCUGGUUACGAAGCUCCCAAGGGAAAAAGAUUUCCUGCUAUACUGUUGAAAAGGAAUGACCAAUUUAUGGGCUAUAUUUUUGACAGGGGUGGGAGCUUUCAAGAUCCCAUAUUAUUUGACCUGAUGUUUUACAAACCUGGAAAAAAGUAG